CCGGGCCGGGCCGCGGGGCCAUAAAGCAGCGGUGGCGGGCGCAGGCCGGGUCCGCUGUGCUGCGCCGCGCCAUGGGCUCGGCCCGCCGCAGAGCGUCGGUGGGGCUGGGGCUGGCCGGGGCGGCCUGCGCCCUCCUGGGGGUCUCCCUUCUGCUGGUGGGGCCCCGCAUCGUCAAGGAGCAGGUUAUCAAGAAUGUCAGGAUCGACCCUGGCAGCAUCUCCUUCAAGAUGUGGAAGGACAUUCCUGUUCCUUUCUACAUGUCAAUGUAUUUCUUUGAAGUGCUGAACCCCGACCAGGUCCUCCAGGGAGCAAAGCCGGCGCUGCACCAGCGUGGACCCUAUGUGUACAGAGAGUUCAGGUAUAAGACAAAUAUCACAUUCCAUGACAAUGACACCGUCUCCUUCCUGGAAUAUCGGAGUCUCUUCUUCCAGCCAGAGCUGUCCAAUGGCCGUGAAGACGACUACAUUGUUGUGCCAAACAUUUUGAUGAUGGGAGCAGCUGUAAUGAUGGAAAACUUGCCAACCUUUGUGAAGGUUUUACUGAGUGGAGCCCUGGCUGGCCUGAAACAGCAGGCGUUCAUGAACCGGACAGUGGGGGAGAUCAUGUGGGGCUAUGAAGACCCUCUUAUAGAUGCCAUAAAUGCAAUUGUUCCCGGCAUAAUCCCUUUCAAGGGGAAAUUUGGCGUGUUUGUGGAGUUCAACAACUCCAAUUCAGGACUGUUCACAGUGAACACGGGCAUGAAGAACAUCAGUGAAGUUCACAUGGUGGAUUCAUGGAAUGGGCUAAAGGAGGUGAAUUACUGGCGGAGCCGUGGCUGCAACAUGAUCAAUGGGACAGCAGGAGAGAUGUGGCCACCAUACAUGUCCCCAACAUCGCUGGAUUUCUACAGCCCGGAUGCCUGCAGAUCCAUGAGGCUGGUGUACGAGCAGUCCGGGAAGUUUCAGGGUGUGCCCACCUAUCGCUUUGUGGCACCAAAAACUCUCUUUGCCAAUGGCACUGACUAUCCACCCAAUGAAGGCUUCUGCCCCUGCAUGCAGUCUGGCAUCCAGAACGUCAGUUCCUGUAGGCUGAAUGCACCCAUGUUCAUUUCACAUCCUCACUUCUACAAUGCUGACCCAGUCCUGUUGGAUGCUGUUGAAGGCCUGCACCCCGACAAGGACCAGCACGCGCUCUUCCUCGACGUGCACCCGUUGACUGGCAUCCCCAUGAAUUGCUCCAUCAAGCUCCAGCUGAACCUGUACAUAAAGCAGGUGUCUGGUAUAAUUCAAACAGGGAGGAUUAAGCCAGUGGUCCUGCCGCUGCUGUGGUUUGCAGAGAGUGGAUCCAUCGAAGGCUCGGUCCUAAAGCAGUUUUACACCAACCUGGUGCUGAUCCCAUCGCUGCUGGACUACCUGCAGUAUAUCUGCCUUGGGCUGAGCAUCCCGCUCAUUAUCUCAGCAGCUGUACUCAUGGCAAUGAGUCAGAGACCCCCACAUCACCCCACCACACAGAGCAAACCACCCCCCUCUGAGACAACGCCGCUCCUACACGACGCUGCCGCGCUGAGCCAGGACGAUGCCGAAGCCUGAGCCCUGGCACGUUUCCCACUGGGACAUGUCCAUGCUGGGUGAGACCUGCUGUGGAUCCUGAGAGUUCUCCAAAGUGAAGUCAUCCUGAGCAACUCAGCGGAGACCCUGCACGCUGUGGCAAAGGCACAAGACAUCACUGCUGCACCAGCACUCCCGCACCGGGGCACUGGAGAUGUCAUCCAGACACUCAAUACAGUGUCCAAGAAUCCUUGUCCCCAAGGGGCCGGCCUUUGCUGCAGCCUCUCUUCCUUUGGGAAUGAAGACAGCUGUUGGUUGAUCCAAGAAUUAUUUUGCAAUUUAAAACUGCCUCUUGCUAGGAAUAAAAGGUACUUUAAUGGGAGCCUUUUAAAUAAAUGAGGUUUGUAUAUGUAGCACUGAUGGGAUUUAGUGAUGGUUUUAAAAGCCACCGUUCAUCUCAUGCGGAUGGGGCUUGCAAUCCUGAAGCCACUUAGGGUUUUAUUGCCACUUGAUGUGCCUGGACUACGCCGCAAAUCAAUUCUGGGUGCUGUCACUUCGGUGAUGGCUCUUCCCAGGGUACCUGGAGCCUGCUUGGGGUUGCUCCAGCCUUUGCAUGUGUUGGAGAGUACAGCGGUGGCUUCUAAAACCCCAAUUCUGUGCCAUGACCUUGUGUUCCAACAGUUCCAGCCCACAGCCCAUUUACUUGGCCUCUCCUUGCUUUAGAUGGCUGCGUGAGAUGAACCUUGCCAAAACCUCUGGUCCAUCUGACUUGUCAGUCACUGUUGGUGCUGGGUGGUCACUGCAUUGCUCUGGCCUUGCUGCCUGUGCAUGGGAAGGGAGCAGGCAGAAGCUUGACCUUUAACAGAGAUAUCCUUGAUCAUUAACAAAGGUAUUUGUGCUUUUGAGAUGGAGGAAGCGAUGUGCAAACAUGAAAGCAGUGAUGGCCUUAGGUGGUGAUGAAAAUGCUGCAGAUUUCUGAAAUGAUGUCUUGGGGGAUCUGGGGCUGGAUGUUAACUGGAGGUGGGUGGGCUGGGUUCAUUCUUUAGUGGGAAAGAAGCCCAAAGCCCAAGGAUAUUCAUGGCUAGCUACUCAUCAGUAGUUGUCUACCACUCCUGCCUUCCCUGCUUCCAACCAGGAGCCGGGGUAGCCCUUGGGAAAACCAAAGGGGCCAGUGCUGGUGCCUCUGGCAGGGAGGGAGUAGUGCAGGGAGUCUCUGGUCUCUCUUGGAGCAGAGAACUUGUUGCACAGUGUGUGGUGUGGAUGCUGUCAUGGUCUGGAAACUUGUAAUUGUCUAAGACAGCUCUCUAACCUUCUAGUGGGUAAGCCAUACUUUUCCUCUUACGCUUCUGUCCCUCUUACUGGGCAGGAAGAGCACAAGGAGCUAAAACCAACGCCAGCAGUCCCUGUGCUGGUGCAUUCCCUGCAGCCCAUGUCCUACAGCUAGGCUUAGGCUGUCUGAUCAUGGGAGCAGCCCAGGUCAUGAAGGGGAAUGAAGGGCAGCAGCUGCCCAGAACUUGGUCUGAGGCUGAACUUGCCUAGAUGCCCAGAACACGUCUCACAGUUACAGUGGGAAUAGCCAUACUUGCAUUAUUCCUGUGACAUGAGUCCUCACUGAGGGUGAUGCUUAAACUACAGCUAUAAACUCUGCUCUUGAACCCCAAAUGACCCACCUGCAAACAGUGCCUCACAACCUACACCCUCAGCAUGCGGUUGUGAAGUGGGAGCAGGUCGGAGGCACAGCCUCAGACCAGGCGCUGUGGGAGACUCAACCCAUCAACACGGAUAAGACCGGGCAGCGCUCAGCAAAGCUGACAGUAGAUGAAAGAUAACCAUCCUUGGGCUCAGCUGCUUGAGGCUUUAACGAUGUGCUGGUUCUAACUGCUGCUGUACGGGUGAAAACAAAUAAAAUAUUGACCUAUUGCUCCUAGUGCGA